AGUCGCAAUUUUACUACCGGUCAGUGCAGUCGCUUCGUAAUGACGGACGGCUCUAAUGCCGAACCUACAAUAUUUUCGUAGCGUAAGCAUACCUACUGCGCGAAAAUAAUUCGAAAUGGCGUGUCAACGUAAACGCUCCGAAACCGUCGUAGUUCACGAGUUCCUGGCCUUUGUUCAACAAAAAUUGGACGUCAUGGACCAGUUGUCUCUGGAGCAGAUACUGAUGACAAGCUUCACCGAGGACGAGAUCAUCCAAGCAAAGAAGGUGUUAGCAGAUUCAGCCGUGAGCCAAAUCCGUCUCAUCACACGUUACAGUACGCGUAUCUUCAGGCUGUUCAAUGAGACCGACCCUGAUGACAUCCCAACUUUUGUCGCGCGUGAUCUCAACAAGCUGCCUCCCGUGACGUUCGAUCACGUAGACGUUACCAGAUUGUUGAAAGACAUCACCACGUUGAAAGCCGAUGUUACCGACAUCCGUUCCAAAUUUGAAGAAUCGGAACGAGCCGCAACAGAGCUGAGGAACGAAGUCAAUAUGUUGCGAAAUAUAAUUGCAACAUCUGCGAAUUCACCGCCGUCGCAGAAUGUUAAUACGACACGCGGUAACCGUAAUAGUAGUCAUAUUUCACCGAUGAUUACGACUCCGUCAUGCGAUACCGCCUGUCUAACUAGGGCGACCUCGGUUGUCAUUGCAUCACCACCUCAACCCUUGACUGAACCCAUUAGUACUCCUCCGCCGAAGCCAACCUCAAAACAACGGAAGACGUUUGCGGAUGUUGCCUGAAAAUCCUUACAACCAGCACCCUCUUGUGGUCGAAAGCGAAAGAACGUGGAAAUAAAAUCAGUUCCAGUGGUGACCCAAAAAAAAUUGAUAUGGACGGGUUUACUCUUGUUGAGAAGAGACGUCGGUCGAGACCCGUCUGUAACCAGCGUGGGACGACCAAAAUAAACGCGAGUACAACCCUGCGUGCUGUGGAGCCAACUCUAGCCAGCUCUACAUCUCCCGUUUGGACAAAAGUACGUCAGGAGAAGACGUCCUGCGUUUCGUGGAAGAACGAAGCCGAUGCCGCAUUGAGGACCCGAUCUCUUUACAUUUGCAGCGUCUGGAGUCUAAUAGGUCAACGAACUUCAAAUCCUACGUACUCCAGGUUCCUGCAAAACACAAAGAGACAUUCCUCACUCCUGAUUUCUGGCCUUCUGGGGUAGUGUAUCGCCGAUACAGGGACGCGCUAAAGAAAAAAGUUCCCUAAAUAGUGUUAAGUUAUGUCUAUAUUUUAUAUAUAUUUUUAGGUUAAGUUAAUAUUGCUAUGGGCCAAUGUUCUUAAUUUUUAAGUAAUUGAUGCCUGAAAUAAAGUUAUUGUAUUGUAUUGUAUAUAUUUUAAUUCCUUAAGAAUACAAGUUUUCUCAUGGCGUUCUCCGUCGCUCCGAGCCAGCGUCGACAAAAUUCCGGAUGCGUUCUAUGAAAUUUGAUUUUGACUUCUAAACUUAUGCUUAAGUUUUGUUGCUACGUUAUGAUGAGAAAACAAAAAAAAGAAACCAGAUUAAUUACUUAUUUUAAAAAUUUCCAGGCAUUUGGAAACCAUGAGUUUGAUAACGGUAUAGAAGGCGUUGUACCUUACUUGAAAAAUUUGAAUUCUAAAGUAGUAGCAGCAAACAUCAUUGAUACUUUAGAACCUUCAAUUCAAGGUCUGUAUUAUCCUAGUAUCGUUGUGGAAAGAGACGGUCGAAAAAUUGGAAUAAUCGGCGUCAUUAUCUCCACAACUAAUGAAUUGGCAUCUACAGGACGCUUAGAAUUUACAGAUGAAGUGGAAGCUGUGAAGAAUGAAGCAGAAAAACUACACCGCGACGGCAUUGAUAUUAUAAUAGUACUGUCACAUUGUGGACUUGAUAUUGACAGGGAAAUAGCAUUACGUGGUGGCCCACAUAUAGACAUCAUUGUAGGAGGCCAUAGUCAUACUCUACUGUACAAUGGAGAUCCACCAGAAAAUUCAGUUUUUAUACCGCAAGGACCAUAUCCCGUGGUUGUGCAGCAAGAAUCGAGAAGUGUUCUAAUUGUACAAGCUGCUGCGCAUACUCAGUACUUAGGUGAAAUCAAACUAUUUUUUGAUGACAAUGGCAACCUUUUGGAUUGGGAAGGUCAUCCUCAUUUUAUUGGAAAUAAAAUUGAACAAGCUCCAGAUGUUUUAGCGAAAAUAAAUAAGUAUCUGCCGGAAGUAUCAGAAAUGGCAACCAGAGAGAUCGGAUCUUCUAUGGUUUAUAUGUCAUCAAGAUGUGCUUGCUCUGAAUGUAAUUUAGGCAGUUUUAUUUGUGAUGCAUUUAUGGAUGCUGUUGUAAAUAAAGCAGAAGGCGAUAAUUGGAAUUAUGCACACUUUUGUGUGAUUAAUCAGGGCGGUAUACGUGUCGAUAUGGAACCUGGAGUUUUAACUUUGGAAAAUGUGCUAUUAUCAACGCCAUUUGAAAACAACGUAGAAGUCUUUGAUAUAAGAGGAGACCACAUUUUAGAAAUGCUUGAAUUCUCUGUGGCUAACGUGCCUUAUCCAGGUGCAGGAAUGUUACAAGUAUCAGGAAUUCAAACUAUAUUCGACGGUUCACGUGCUAUUAACGAGCGUGUUAUGAACGUUACCGUGAGAUGCAUCGACUGUCCGGUACCCAGAUACGAACCGCUGCGGCUUGAUAAAUACUAUAAAGUUGUUUCACAAACCUUCCUCGGCAACGGCGGUGAUGGAUUUUCUAUGAUCGCUGAUAAUAGAAGAAACGUCGAAGUGGUGGGCGUUGAUUACGAUGUUCUAAUGAGGUAUAUUCAAAAGCAAAGCCCAGUAUUCAUCGAUGUUGAUGGACGAAUACAAAUCGAAGAUCCAUGUUCAGAUUGAUAAUUAAUUUAUUAUUAAUAU